UCUUAUCCAAGUUGUGUGGUGUUACAGCAGUGUGCGAGCCUUGUAAAGAUAUUUUUUUCCUAUGUAAUGUUGAAACAGAGCAGAAGUCUCUGAUCUCCAAACUUGUAGCACCUUCACAUCUCAUCAGUUAUCUGACUAGUAGUUUCGAAUUUCAUCUGAAUCAUCAUAAUGGCAGCGAUUACUGGUUGCUAUUUGGCUUCUGGGGUCACUCGUGCUGGUCCUGCUGGGCUUUUGCAGAAGGCACCUACUGUGCGCUCUGUUCUUGGGUUGCCCGUGAUGCCAAAAGCCGGAAAAGUGAGAUGUUCAAUGGAAGUGAAGUCUAGAAGCGACUCAAAAGUGGGCAUGGGAGCAUCUUUAGCCGUGAUGGCCACCGCUGCAGCCAUGUCAAGCCCAGCAGCUAUGGCUUUAGUUGAUGAGAGAAUGAGUACAGAAGGAACAGGACUUCCUUUUGGUUUGAGCAGCAAUCUUCUGGGCUGGAUCCUAUUUGGCAUGUUUGGUUUAAUAUGGUCUCUUUACUUUGUCUACGCCUCUGGUCUUGACGAGGAUGAUGAUUCAGGAUUGUCUCUCUAAACACCUUCAAUUGCUGAUGAGUUGAUUGAUGAUAUUAAUACAAGCAUGUUAACUGUUGCCUACUUAA